AUGUCUACACCGACCAAACGCAAAAUAACAUUAGAACUAUCCAGUAAAAAGUCUACGUUGGUCAAAGAUCGUCCAAGCGUCUUCCAGCGUCUUGGCACCAAGCGAGUCGGCCGCUCGUCGUCAUCGUCUCAGCAGCAUCAGCAACAGCAGUACCACACUCAAGAUACUGGCAUUACUAUCUGCGAGACGAAGGAAGAAAUCGUAAGGCGCAUCGUGUCGGCGGUAGACGAACCGAAAGUGGUGAACGUGCCGGAGAGUGUAGCGGCACACGCCCGAAUCAUACAAGCGCAACUGGCAGCGAAGCAGUUGAGCGGUAAAACCGUAGGACCAUCGGUAGAGCACCAAGCCGCUGGUGCGGCUAUCGGCAGCACGAGUGGUACUGCGGAACACGGUCUCGGAGGGGAACGGGUUAGACCGUUCGAAAAGCUCCUUGACCAGCCACCAAUUCCACACUAUUAUCAGCAAUACCAUCACCAGCAUCAACGGCAAACGCCGUCCCGAUACCAUAAAAAGCAUCACCAGCUGCAACUGCUGCAACACAGCGAAGACCAGAAGCUGCAGGAAGCUGAACCAUCCACGCACGUGUACAAGAAGCUGGUGAGCGGUAGCGGUCAACUGUGUCGCCGACGUUCAAGCAACAUCCAAAGUCCCAGCAGUGCGGAAGGGGACAGUAGCAGCAGCAGUAUUGCCCCCGCGGGAGACCCAGGCUCGGGGGAAGCAGCUACGUGGGAUCAGUCGUCCUUGGAGAAUGCUGACCAGGAUUUGCUAGAGCGCAAGCGUCAAGAAUUACAACACGAGCUAAAGUUAGAGAUGGAUGCAACGAAGGUAAAGAAGGAUCAGCUAGGCAAGAAGCUAAAAAAGCAGUUGAUACCGGCCAGUUCGCAUCGUUCCCAGCGGCAACAUCACCAUGUGCACCAGCAGCAACAACAGCAACUACAACAGCACCACCGCUCAUCGUCCAGUUCCGAUAGCUCUAGUAGUUCCGGGUCGGAUUCAUCUGACUCGGAAACGUCGAGCUCGUCCAGCAGCUCGUCCCAUACUACCGUUCACCGGCGGCCGAAAAAACGACAUGCGGUUACGCGCGUCCUGCGAGCGUCAAGCACUAGCUCGGAAUCUUGCGCUAGCACAAUUACUAAGCUAUCGAAAAAGCAUGCCAAAAAGCUGGCUGCCGCGCAUGAGACCGUAACGGUUGGUGGCAAGCGUCUGCUUGAGAAAAAAUCUGCUAUAGGGCUGCAGAUGUUGGCAAAAACGAUUUGCUGCCAAAAGCUUGCCACAUCCACCCAGAAUGCCGCUCUCAGCGGAAGUGGUAGCGGUGGUGGCAGUAGCAGCGCUAAUGCGCGCAAAGCUGCCCGGGAACUGUCGCAAUCACCAGCGGGUAAGAUUUCAUCGAAGUAUUCUGUAAUGAAAGCAAAAAUGUUGAGCGCCAAAAAGGAGAAACUGUCGGCCAUUGAUGCACGCGAAAGGGUCCGUGAAAAAGAGCGCGAACUGGCACUCAGAGAAAAGGAACGCGAAAGAGAGAAAGAAAGAAUGCGGUUGCGCGAGAGGGAGCGAGAGCGCUUGAAGUUGCGUGUAGUAUCCCCACCGAUCCCGCGAGCUCGCACAACCAUUUCGCCUGUGCCUGUCCGAGGAUCGGUGAUACUCAAGAAAAAGAGCCCCGAGCGGCGUGUGUCUCCUCCACCGGUAUCUCGGUAUCGCGAAAUCGUGCCCAUGCGUCGUGAGCGAUCGCCUUCCGAACUGCUACCCGAUCGUGAACGUCGAAGGCACGAGGCGCUAAAGGAGCGCGAGCGCCGUGAACGCCAGGAACGUCAAGAACGCGACGCACUGCGUAGCAAAGAACGUCAGGAGCGCGAGGAAGCUCUAGUGCGGUGCCAGGAACGUUCACGUGAACGCGACCGGUUGACCGUGAAAGACCAACAGCAGCAUCAACAUCUGCACCAACAGCCGCGCACUUUGCGACGAGUCGACCGUGAUAACGACGGUGGGCUGGAGAAACCAGACCGCCACCGGCCAGUUGAGCGACUGUUACCACGGCCGGCGGAGCGUGCUCGUGCAUUAGCUGCAGCACGUUCCCCGGGAAAAUCGGUCGAUAGGGACCGCAGCCGCUCGGGUUCACCGAGAAGCGCUAGGCUGCGUGACCGGGACCGUGCGUCGUACGAACGGCUCGACCGUGGUGUUUACCUGGAGGUGCACGAGCGGCGUAGCCGAUCUAGGGAGCGUGACUAUAUGACGAUGGUGCCAACCAUCCGGGGUGCGCGGCGGGAAAGCCCUCACUACGAGCGUCACACAAUGAUGGGACGCGAUUAUCGUGCGGACACUGACCUUGGUUAUGAUGAGCGGCUGGUGGUGCGAGGCGGAGGAGAGCGUGGUGUGCACGAGUAUGGUCGUGACUAUCCGGAUGAUCCGCCACCACGGCGCGACCAUGACCGCCCCUGGGAUCGUGAACCGCGUGUCGAGGUGGAGCAUGGCAGACGGUACGAGCGUUCGGAAAUGGGUCGCGAGUGGGAAAGCCGCGAUCAUGGACCGGGGCUCAGUGGGGGCCACUCCAGUCACGGCCGCGAGCCGGAGUCCUACACUACCGGGACCGGUGCUGUCAGUGGUGGCGGUGUUGGCGGAAGUAGUUCCACUGGAGGUGGUGGCGUCGGUGGCGGAGGAAACCGUUCGUGGGAUGAUCAUCAGUGGAAGGAAAGUGAAUCGUGGUCCACAGAAAAGUCGGAGCGCGGGCUGGACCUGGAGUGGAAGUACAAGGACCGUCAGUGGGAGCACGACGAACGCGGCGGUGGUCCACCCCCUCCUUCCACAUCGCACGGGCAUGGGCCGAUGCAUGGUCCUUCUGGACCGAGGCGUUCCUGGCAGCAAACAUCGCACGGUGGCGGUUCCGGAGGCGGUGGCGGCCUAGGAAGCAGUGGCAGUGGCGGCGCUAUGGGAGGGCCACCGGAAUGGCAUUCGGUGAAGGGUGGACCGUCGGACGAUCGAGAUUAUCUGCCCCAUCAGCGCUCUCUCAACGAUCGCUCUAUUGGCUUCCGGCGUCAUCCCCAUGGUCCGUAUCAUGGGCACGCUCGCAAGCCGCAUAUGGGUGGAGGCGGCGGUAUUGGGCCAAGCAUGCAAAACAUUGGUGGACCGAGUCGGUUUCCCUUGAAUAAGUACAACGUAAAUCGUACUUUACCGCCCGGUGGGGGAGGUGGCAGUGCUGCCUCACUGAUGGUUCCGAGUCUCAAUCAGUCUUCCACCCAGCAUCAGCACCGUCAGACGCCUCCGGUGGCUUCCAUGUCGUCAACAAGUCCCAUGCAUCAGAUAUCGUCUGCGUCACAACCGCAACAACUGCCAUCGCCACAGCAGCAUCAGCAACAGGUGCAGAUUCAGCCGAAUGCCCACCAUCACAUCCAUUCCGUGCAGCAGCAUCAGCGCUCUGGUGGGCAUGAACUCAUACAUUCGAACGCCGAUUGCGGUAGCACUAUGGCGCCCCAUACGCAUCCUGUUGCAGGAGGUUUUCAACAAGUGAAUGCCGCCUCUACGAUUACUCCACCGGCUCAACCGAACGAUACCAAACUGGACCAGGCGAUGAAUCCACGCAGAAUGGCAAAUGAACCAAGCAGCCCAGAGCCUGCUGUUACCGGAACCAUCUUGGAGGGUCUGCCCUGUGAUAGCGACGGUGUUACAACGAACACGGCCGGUCGGGCAUCAUCCGUAGAAACCGGAACAGAAGCCAAGGGAUCGGUCAUAGGGGUCCAGGAUGGCCAUGGCGACCAGCACCGUGCUUUAUCUAGACAACAGGCAACCGAAGCAACAGAUGUGGACAAUCUGAGCGAGAUCAGCGACGAUCCUGAUGAAAUACUGUCGCGAGAAGAGGAAAUAAGCCUUCAGACGAGCAGUUCUAUCCUACCCAUUGGCAACGGCACCAACAACAAACUGCUGCCUGAGAGUAGCAGCGAGUGUGACGUCGUGACAGGGGUCGAAGCAAAAUUAGCACCCACGUUGCAGUUACUAGCAGCCGGCGACACUGUGUUGGAUAGUGAAAAGAAUCCUCCCGCUGCUGCUGUGCUUUGUGGGCAGUCCGUCGUGUCCAAACUCCCGGAAAAGGAUGGCGAGCCCAUGGAUGUGUCAGUGAUCGGUGCCACGGAAAGCAGCGCACAGGCAAUGGACCAGACCGCAGAAACGUUCGUAUCAUCUGAUCAACUGUUAAUGGACGACAGCGAUACGAAGGAUGCCGGCAAGCUGAACGCCAAUAAGGAGCUGAAGGAGGAGAUGGAUUUGGACUUCGAGGAGAUCUCGGAUGGCGAGCUUGAAGAGGAGAACAAGUGCAAAGCAUUGGGCGACCCUCUCGGUGUGGACUGGGGAAGUCUGGCUCAAGACUCCCAUCUAAAGCCAGUGCGGCGACUGCAAAACUUUCUGCUAUCUCCUCGCAACCGCUGGAAGGCUCAUCACAUCCUGCUCGAAACCGGUAUUUCGGUGCGUCUGGCAGGGAUGAGCUACGCCCAGCGUGUGCUAGCGGAAUCGAAGGAAAAACUGCGCGAGGAGCUCGAUCAGUACCAAUCUGGGCUGGCGGCCCACAACAUUCGCGCCACCCUCGAGACCAAACCGAAGCCAGUGCACAGCUGCGGAGGGAAUGGCGAUACUGGCUAUUCAACUGAUGAUCCACAGAAAUCACAGCACAGUGCGAAGGUAGAAUCAUCAUUGACAAGUGAUGCGAAUGGAUUGGAAAUCAAAACGGAACGAACAGACGAGCCACAGCGAUCGUUCGACGGGGUCAGCUGUGCCGUCGGUGCGAGUGUUGGGGCCGGCACCGGCGAACAUAAGUUCGAGUCAACCCCGGACGGAGCGAUCCAGGCAUCAACCACAUUGAUCGAACGAUUUGAGCAAGAUCUAGACGAGAUUGAUCGUAUCCGUCAUCCAGUAGCAGACAUGCAAGUUGCUUUCCGAGAGCACUUGCUUGCUCGCCGCAAUCUUAUUCUGCAGACAGAGCCAGUAACCGGGCACCAGAAACAGUGCGGCCGAGCGCUCAGCGUCCGUUAUGACUACCAACUACGACGCCAACUUUGUGGUUAUCCUGUCUUUGAUCGGGAUAUACAAACAGAUACACCGGUCCUGGGCGGUACAAUCCGGCCUGCGCUGCACUUACAGAUCGCUGCCCUUUGUUGCGACUGACGUGAGAAUGUGUAAUU